CGAGGACAUCACCCCCCCGAAAAAAACGAUGGGGUGUGUCUCCACGCCGCCGGGGGUACCGGAGAGCGGCUGUGCCUUCUCCCCCUCAGACAAUUAAACCUUAGAUUUCCGACACCCCUUGAAGGCGGCAGCAGCACGAUUCUCAUGCGAGCCAAUGAGAGCGGUGAUUUUUUCAAGAUGACCAAUCAGCGACGGGUACGUCUUACGAAACGGCAAUAUUUGUCAAACGGCCCGCCCCUGACGUUGCUCAUUGAAGAAGAAGACGGACGGGCAUCAGCAUACCAUUCAACUGACGAGAUUCGAUCAUGUCUACCAAACUUUGUAAGCUGUUCGUCGGCGGACUGAACGUGGAGACCACGGAAGAUGGCGUACGCAAGUAUUUCGAGCAGUUUGGCACGCUCAACGACUGCGUGGUGGUCAUGAACCAGCAGCUCGGCCGGUCCCGCUGUUUCGGCUUUAUCACCUACUCGACUCCGCAGGAGGCCGACGCAGCAAUGGCGGCUAACCCACAUGUCGUCGAAGGCCACGACGUGGAGCUGAAAAGGGCCAUAGCGCGAGAAGACGCCAAUAAUCCGGAUAUCCUCGCCAACGUUAAGAAGAUUUUCGUCGGCGGCGUGAAGGACCACAUCGAGGCGGACCACCUCACCGAGUACUUCUCCCAGUUCGGCGUGGUGGAGAAGGCCGAGAUCAUCUCCGACAAGCAGACCGGCAGGAAGCGAGGCUUCGGCUUUGUCUUCUUCGAGGAUAACGACUCCGCCACCAAGGCGGUGCUUACUAAGUACCACACCAUCAGCGGGAACAAGGUGGAGGUGAAGAAGGCUCUCACCAAGCAGGAGAUGUCUACCGGUGGCCGCGGGAGAGGUCGAGGCCGGGGGAUGCAGAGCUAUGGCGGCGGGAGAGGUGGCGGCUACGGAGGCGGCGGCGGCGGCGGCGGCUACGGCAGCAGCUAUGGAGGCGGCUACGGCUAUGGCGGGGGUUACAACGGCGGUGGCGGCGGCGCUGGUGGAUACGGUGGAUACGGAAGCUACGAGGAGGGAGGAUACGACAACCAGAUAGGGGGUGGCUACAGUAAUGGUGACUUUGGGGAUGGCUACGGACAGCAGCACUCCAGUUAUGGUGCAGUGAAGACGGGCAACUAUUCAUACAGGAGCGGGGCUCCGUACAACAGAGGCGGCGGUGGUGGUGGAGGAGGCUACGGUGGCCGGGGAGGUGGCGGUGGUGGAGGUGGAGGAUUCAGCGGUGGCUAUUAGGGCCAUUGCGGUGAUCAUGGGGGUAAAUUCUGAUUUACAGCGAACUUGAAUUUACACACACACACACACACACACACAUGCAUAUAACACACAUGCCCGGGUGAGGGGUCUUUGUUGCAGUGCCCAUCACCCACACGGAAUGAAUGAGACUGUCCUGGAUCCCAUCUGUCCUCUUAUUCCACACAUUAUGGACUUUACUACUAAGAAUUGGGAAUUGUUGAAUUGUACUUUUGUUAUGUUGGGAUGGGAGGAGGAAGGGGGGUGGGGGGGUACUUUCUUUGAAACCAUUUGUAAAACAGUAAUCAAAUUUCAGUCACUGAUUCUCAAAUUGAGUUUGUUUUUGUCUUGCAAACCAGCCAGAUGUUGUCUGUUAUUUUUGCAUCAUGAACUCAGGGUUUUAAGUGAUGUUGGUGGGAAGCAUGGGACUCUGGGAUCCUAGAACACAAAUCGUGACAACGUUUUUUUUGGGGGAGGGAAGAAAUGUCACGAGACUGUUUUUUGUUAUCUGUAAAUUUACAUUUUUCCACCCGUCCCAUUACAGGCUUUUUGUUUAGAUUAAACUGUUUUUGAAAUCCAUGUGUUCAGUUCACCCUUAUGUUUGAUUCUGCUUUUAUUAAAGUUUUUAAUGUUUUGAAACUCUAUCCGAUCUCGCAGUCUUGAUUCAAAUCGUGUUGGGUUACAUUUCAGCAGAUGUGUUAUCAAAACAGCAAAGAGUUUGAUGCAUUUGUAUCCUCAUUACUUGGAUAAUCUUUCGCCUUUUCUCUAACCUAGUGAAGAUGGUUCAUAAAGCCACCACCAGGAGGGAGUAUUGCCUGUGAAUGCACGCAUGUCAAUGCAUGCAAUCCUCGUUUCAUCGGCCAUUUUAUACCGCAUGGAUUCACCAGUGUACCAGAAGCGGUAGUUUAUAGCUGAGUUGUUCCUCUGAAAGCAGUUUUCUUUUAGAAUAAUACAAAUGUUAACCUUUUGGAAAAUAAGCAAAUACUCGCCAUUGAGGAUUGUAAUCCAAAUAUAUUCUCCAUUGCCCACGUGGGUGCAGUGAUACAUAUACUGAUUUGUAUGUUUUUCAAAAUAAAAUAUUUUUCUUAUUUAAAAUA